CUGCAAGGCCCCUCCACCGUCAUCCUCGCUUCCUUACUCUUUUCGUCAUACCUGUGCCAGUCUCGUUCCUCAAGACAAGCACGAAACCAGUAACACCGUGACACAAUGGCACCGCACGCAGACAUCUCCCCAGCUCGCGCUAGCGGCAACGGCGCCACCAAAGACCGGUACCACGCGGCGUCUACCAAGAGUGCCAUCGCCGCCGAGAACGAGUACGCCGCCCACAACUACCACCCACUCCCCGUCGUGUUUGCGCGCGCCCAGGGGGUCCACGUCUGGGACCCGGAGGGCAAGCACUACCUCGACUUCCUCUCUGCCUACAGUGCCGUCAACCAAGGCCACUGCCACCCAGAGCUGAUCAAGGCGCUCACCGAACAGGCCGGCCGACUGACGCUGAGCUCGCGUGCUUUCCACAAUGACGUGUUCCCCGUCUGGGCUGAGAAGGUCCGCGGCCUGUUCGGCUUCGACAUGGUGCUGCCCAUGAACACGGGUGCCGAGGCCGUCGAGACGGCCAUCAAGAUCGCCCGCAAGUGGGCUUACAAGGUGAAAGGCGUUGCCCAAGGGCGCGCCCUCGUGUUCAGUGCCGCUGACAACUUCCAUGGGCGGACGAUGACAGCCGUCUCCCUCUCAGUGGACCCCGAAUCCCGCGACAACUACGGGCCCUAUCUGCCCAACGUAGGCGCCUUCAACCCCAGCACGGGCGCUCCGAUCCGGUACAACAACAUCGCCGACCUCGAAGCGGUGCUGGAGGCCCACGGCCGCGACACGGCCGCCUUCAUCGUGGAGCCCAUCCAGGGCGAGGCCGGCGUGGUGGUCCCGGACGACGACUACCUCGCCGAGGCCCACGCGCUGUGCAAGAAACACAACGUCCUCCUGAUCUGCGACGAGAUCCAGACGGGCAUCGCCCGCACCGGCCGCAUGCUCUGCUGCGAGUGGGCCGGCAUCAAGCCCGACAUGGUCACGCUGGGCAAGGCCAUCUCGGGCGGCAUGUACCCCGUCAGCUGCGUGCUCGCCGACAGGGCGGUGAUGGGCGUGAUCGAGCCCGGCACGCACGGAUCGACGUACGGCGGUAAUCCGCUGGGCUGUGCCGUGUCCAUCCGGGCGCUAGAGCUGGUCGAGGAGGAAGGGCUUGUGGAGAAGGCCGAGCGGUUCGGGAGGAUGUUCAGGGAAGGGGUGGAGGCGUUCAAGUCGCCCAUUGUACAGACUGUGCGCGGGAAGGGGUUGUUGAAUGCUGUGGUGAUUGACGAGAGAAAGGCGGGAGGGAGGACAGCGUGGGAUUUAUGUCUGCUGCUCAAGGAAAAGGGCGUGCUGGCCAAACCCACGCACGGCAACAUCAUCCGGUUUGCGCCCCCAUUGGUCAUUACCAAGGAGGAGCUUCGGGGCGCCAUUGAAACCAUUGGGGAGGCGUUGGCAGAGUUGCCAACGGCUGAGAAGACUGAGGGUCAUUAAACGUGAUAUAUCCAUAUGGGAAAAAGAACGAGAUUAGAGUAAAAGCCGGC